CAACUCCACCGAGUAUCUGUGCACCUUGUCCCUUCCAAUUUUCCUUUAUAUGACACUGCUCCUAAACCUCUGAGUUGUACUCUCUCUCUCUAAUACCCUAGCCCCCUCUCUCUCUAAAAAUGAUGAAUCUUUCUCGCUCUAUGCUUCGCUCCAGGAAUCUGGCUUCUGAUAAAUGGUUUGCUGUGAAAGCUGAUGAUGUAAGAGAUGCUAUAUGGUCACAGUCUUAUUCAUCCCUAGCUGGCUUGUCAACUGCAAGACAUAAUUUUGAUGCUAAAGGUCGUGUAUAUGCUCCUUAUGCUAUUUACAAGGGCAAGGCUGCAUUUUCUGUUGAUCCUAUUCUUCCAACUUUUUCUAAAUUGGAUCAGUCCGGGGAUUUAAGAGUUCAGCGCAAAGGUGUCAUUCUCUUGACUUUUUGGCCUGCUAGUGGUGAGCGCAAGUAUGACUGGGCAAAGAGGCAGUGUUUUGGUUUGUCACCGACAGAAGUUGGGUCUUUGAUUAGCAUGGGUCCCAAAGAUUCUUCUGAGUUCUUCCAUGAUCCUUCAAUGUUAUCGAGCAAUGCUGGUCAAGUGAGGAAGACCUUAUCAGUUAAGGCACAUGCAGAUGGCAGUGGCUAUUUUGUUUCUCUGAAUGUCGUCAAUAACCUUUUGAAAACUACUGAACGCUUCACUGUUCCUGUGACAACUGCCGAAUUCACUGUGAUGAAGACUGCUUGCAGUUUUGCAUUGCCCCAUCUCAUGGGCUGGGAUCGGUUAACUAAUCAGCUGCCGGUGGCUAGCAACAGGAGUUCAUCAAAGGUGAACACAGAAUCACUUGAAUUAGAAUGGGAUCGGUGAACUCAAUGUCGACACUUUUCCUAGUUGAUGAUCUAUUCAAAGUACAUGGGCCUGCUAAACAAUGUACUUUUUUGUGACGUUUUUAUUAACUAAAAUUUGUUCUACUUCCCAGGGUUGUGGUAUUCAAACUUUCAGGCUCUGUAUAAUAAUUUGUUCCCGUGGAUUCAUCUCUGUACUAGUUAUGAUAUCAGGGCUUGAUUUUGCACUUAGCAUGUUAAGCCCACGAAAGCCCAUUUAUUAA